AUGCAAGCCCCCCGUCUGCCCUGGUUCUUCCUGCACGCCUGGUGGGCCCUGCUCCAGGCGGGCGCCGCGACCGUGACCCCGUCGCCCCUCCGUACGCGGGGGCAGCCCUCGUCGCCGUCCCCUCUAGCGUACAUGCUGAGCCUCUACCGCGACCCGCUGCCCCGGGCGGACAUCAUCCGCAGCCUGCAGGCGCAAGAUGUGCACGCCGAUGGGCAGAACUGGACCUUUGCUUUUGACUUCUCCUUCCUGAGCCAAGCGGAGGAUCUGGUGUGGGCCGAGCUCCGGCUGCAGCUGGCCGGCCCUGUGGACCUCCCCCCUGGUGUGCUGCCCUCCAUCGAGAUUUUGCACCAGCUAAAGCCGGAUGCGGAGCAGGACCCAGCCGACUGCCGGGAGCGUCUUCGGAUGGACUCGUUCACUGUUCCUCUGUCCCAGAUGACCUUUUCCUCAGGCAGCAUGGUCCUGGAGGUGACCAGGCCUCUCUCCAAGUGGCUGAAGCACCCUGGGGAGCUGGCGGAGCAGGCGUCCAGUUUGGCUAGAGAGUGUCUGCAGCGGCCUCCCGUGCCGACGGUCGCCAGUGUGCUCCUCGUGCUCUACUCCAACCUCUCCCCAGAGCAGAGGCGGCUGGGUGGCUCCACCUUGCUGUGGGAGGCGGAGAGCUCCUGGCGGGCCCGAGAGGGACAGCUCUCCCAGGAGAGGGGCCGGAGGCACCGCCGGCACCACUUGCCGGACAGAAGCCAGCUGUGUCGGAAGGUCAAGUUCCAGGUGGACUUCAACCUCAUCGGAUGGGGCUCCUGGAUCAUCUACCCCAAGCAGUACAACGCCUACCGUUGUGAGGGCGAGUGUCCUAACCCUGUGGGGGAGGAGUUCCAUCCCACCAACCACGCAUACAUCCAGAGCCUGCUGAAACGAUACCAGCCCCACCGAGUCCCUUCUACGUGCUGUGCCCCAGUGAAGACCAAGCCGUUGAGCAUGCUGUACGUGGACAAUGGCAGAGUCCUUCUAGACCAUCACAAAGACAUGAUUGUGGAAGAAUGUGGGUGCCUCUGA